AUGGCUUCCCCCUCCGAGCUGUCUAAUGUUGCGGAUACUCAGCCCCAAAAUGAACUUAUUCAGAUGGAGUUAGAGUCCGCUGAAGAUGGUGUCGUAAGGAAGCGGGACGUGCCGGCGAAACGGGAUCCGGCAAUUCCGCUCUUGUCACCGCUGACCGGUACGCGGCCGCUUGUUUGGUCGGAGGAUCACCGGCUAGCAGUGUGCACCGCCAGCUCGUUGGCGGUGCUGGAGUUGCUUUGCGACACCCACAGCAUCAAACAGGAGCUGAUACUCAACAGGACUUCCAUUCCGGUCCCGAAUAAUAGUUAUGAAAUGCGGGUUGGACCCCCAAAAGAGCAGGUUAAAGCCAUGAAGCACUUUAAGACACACCCUGACCUGACCACAAGGCAAGAGUUUCAGCUGGAUCGGGUGAUGAAACCCUUGGGAGGAGUACACAAAGGAAUUAAAUACGCUAGUUGGUCGCCGUUUGGGUGCGAUUCCAGCGGCCGCUGCUUGCUCGCGUGCCUAACUCUUGACCACAGACUCACCAUCCAUCACAGUCAUAAGUGUCUUUUAUGGAACACGCUGGUCAAUCUCACCGACAAGUACGGUGAGAUACUACAAGAACGAGGCUAUGCUAAAAAAGACGAGAAGCUGCCUGAGAAAAACCUCUUGGACUUUGAGGAGCUGCAGCGGCGUUACCAGAUGCAGACCCCUGUGAGGAUGGAGUGGUCGAGAAUUUACACGCUCAAACAAGUGCAGUCCGACAACUCGUGCCUCGAUGUGGAGAUAGUCUUCCUCGCCGUCCUGAUGGAAAACGGCGACCUUGUUUUGUGGAAGUUUGUGUUGCCCUUCGAGAACGGUGUGGAUGUUUUCUUUUACGACGCCAUUGAGUCAAGUGUUAGCAGCCCAAUUGAUUUGGCAUGGUGGGAGUAUAAAAACGCAGAUCGGCGAAUGAGCGGCUUGAUCGUCGGCAGUGAGUUGGGCCCUAUAAAGAUCAUGCCAGUCAACUUGGUGGGGGUCAAGGGUUACUUCACUCUGCGACACCCCGUCAUCCUCUGGAAGGAGUGUGACCGGAUCCCUGUCGAGAACAUCAAAUGCGUGUCGUUGGUCCACCCGCUUCACAAAUCAAGCUGCAGCCUCAUCGUGGCAUCUCGCGGUUGCUACAUCUUCUGGUGUUUGCUGAUGAUUUCGCCAGCCGGACUCAAUGUGCACAACUCGCACGUGGUGGGCCUUCACUCUCUCCCUGUGGUCUCGCUAGCAGUCGGCCAGCACGGUGUUGUGUACACGUGCUCCAGUGACGGGUGGAUCAAAAAGCUGACACCAAAAAUCACAGAAAGCACGCUGACUUUCAAUCAAGAGGACAUGUUGUGCCCUGAAAGUCUGACUAACCGGCGCCUGUAUGGGAUUGCGGUGAGCCACAAUGAAGCCUAUAUUGCGCUGGUCAGCACACAAGGUUUGGUUGACUCGUUUCACCCAAUUCACAGGACCUACCAUGUGAACUUUAUUUCUUUAAAAUUGCCAGAAACAGCAGCUGGGCUCCUGCUAAAAUCUCCCUCGCAGAACCUGUACAAGCAGGCCGACCUGCUGGACCUUGUUCGGUGGAACAUCUUAAAAAACAAAAGCAUUCCCAAGGCAUUGCUGCAGGAGCUUGAUCAAAAGAUCCGUGAGGUGGACUCUCCCUACUUCUGGCGCUUGAAGCUAUUUUUGGUUCGUUUUCUGCACCAGUCACUUCAGACACCGCUGACAGACCACCACUGGAAACCUUCUCAAGAGAUCAGCAGUGUGCUCAAUCAGGACGAGGAGGAAGGGGCCGGAGAAGAGGACAAAGAUUUGACUGGAGAGUAUGAUGCGCCCGACUGCAGUAAAGCAGGAAAGCAGGAGAAUGCAGAGGAGGAGAUGGAGCAGGUGCAAGCGUCUAUCAAUUUGGUGGAGACCCACCUUGUGAGAGAGAGAAUGAAGAAGUUGCUUGGGGAGGUGUACCUCAACACCCAGAAAACACAGAAGACGUGCAUUCCAACUAGCGGACUGGCUGAGCACCUCUUGAAGGACUCUGAUGACAGGAAUGUGGAGGUCCUGAUUGGUCACAUCAAGAAAAAGAUGAACAAGCAGACAUUCCCGGAGUGCUGCAGCUUGUGUCAAGAGGUGCUGCCCUUCACGGACCACAAACAAGCAGUGUGUAAAAACGGUCACAUGUGGCUCAGGUGUGCGUUGUCCUAUCAGGCUUGCCAGGCUCUGACGUUCAGACGCUGCCUCUUGCAGGAUAGCAUCUCCGGAAUCCCAGAGCCUGAUGACCCACAGUGGAUAAAGAAGAUACUGGAGGCGCCGUGCUCACUAUGUGACUCGCCGAUGAUGAUCUAGAUCUAAGCAGCAGGAACAUCAGCAAAUUCCUGCAACCGCUACAGUUUUACAAUCACUGCAACAUAUCUGUUAAUUAUAUCAUGUUAUAUUUAUGUCUUAA